AUGGCGCCCAAGCCAGUUGCCAUUCCGCCUCCAAAUGGAAACCGUCGCCUCGAAGCCGUGCCAAUUCUCCUGUGGUCGCUUCUCAUCGUCCCAUCCCUCCUGGGCGUCUCGACCAUUGCGCCGGUAAUCAGACGCAUGCGCGAAGCGUCGCGUUACCAGUCCAAUGGCGUCACUGUCCCGUUACUCGACCGCUUCACAGGCAUCGACUCGUUAGACCAGAUUGUCGGGGACCUUGUCGCGUCCUUUGGCCUGCUUCAGUUCCGCCCAGACUCGCCUUACUACUGGCACGCAUUGGACUUUUUGGCACAAUUUGGUUCCAUUUACGCGGCUUUGCUUCUGGAGUCGUGUCGCCGCGCUCACGGGUCCCAAUUGCUGCUUUGGACCGUAUUGGGGAGUCUUUUGGCGCAGCUUACCACGGCAGGACUGCUUCUGCCCGUGUACUUUUACUUUCUACACGGAUCAACUACCUUGUCCAACUUGGUGGCCAGCAAGGGACCCGAGGAGCUCCGCGACUCGUCGGCUCUUGCUGUGCUGCCUGCCGUGGCCUUGUCCUUCUAUGUUCCUCACUUUGAAUCCUUCCUGGGCCCGGACUUCUCUGCACGACACUGGUGGAACUGGGUCUGGCAAUUGUUCGGGCUAUGGGGUGCCAUUCUGUUCCUGGGUUUCUCGGGCAUGCUCUGGACUUUGCGUCAACUGCUCCCCAUGAUGCCCACGAGCUUGUCCAAGCGCGUCAAGUUGCAUAAUGGGCUGAAAUCUACACGACUGACGGCAGUUUGCCUGGGCAUGGUCAAUGUAGGCACCUAUUGGUAUGUCCUCAUGAGUUCGCAUUACUCGUGGAGCGAGGUGUACGUGCCCAAAUACUUUUGGCAAUCCGCAGCAGACCCUGGCGCCGCCUUGGGCACACUUCUCCAAUUCGACUAUAUUUGUGUUUUUGGCUCGGCCCUGACGUGGCUGGGCUACCAGUUCCGAGAACUGAAGACGGCCGGAUUAAUAGAAACCAGUUGGGCCAAAAUCACCAGUCUCGGUCUCUUUGUAGGUGUACUUUUUGGGCCUGGAAGUCUGUGGUGGGUAGCCUGGCUGAUGAGAGAGGAAAUCCUCACUUCGCUGCGACCUCGACGGGAGCCAAGGAAGAACGACUAG